CUUUAUAAAAUCGGUACGGUUCUCAUGAUAUUGGAACCUCAUGUCAUAGGAUGAUGAUAUGGGUGCUUCGGUGCUCCGUUCAUAAAAUUGACGGUUCUUACCUCUCUAACCCCCUCGGUAAUCCCCCUUUCCCACCCCACCACGAUCUAACACACUUCCAGCCCUUUCAAUUGAACCCCCUAAAUUAAUUUUGACUUUAAAGUCAAAAUUGACUCAAAAGUCAAAAUUUAUUUGAGAUGCAAUUGAAGGAUGCGAGGGGUGUUCAGGUCGAAGCGACGUGAAGGGGUUUACUGGGGGGAUAUUUCUGCCUCGGAUGCCCGCGCAUCCGAGGAAUCCCUUUCCUCUUCUUCUUCGACCGGGUCAUCUUCUCCCAUCCCUCAACCCCGGUCGAAUCCCAACCCUAGCAUCCCUGAACCACAACCAUUAAACCAGAUGCCCGGUGACCUUUUUGCGGAGAGGGAGGAGCCGGUAAACGACGAACCGGCCCCCUAUGACCCGGAAAAAGAGACCCGGGACCAGUGGGUGGAGAGGUUAGAUGCAUCCGGUUACUCUCCCCUCCCCACCUCCUUCGUUAUAGACAUCUACCCCCAUGUCUCCAAAAUAGCCCUGAACAAGGCCCGUAGGAACCUCCCGGUGGGCUAUGUUCUCGAAUUCGACGAGAACUGGCCCAACAUCAUCGAACCUCACCGGGAGGAUAUGAUAGGUUUUCAUAUCGCUUCCUUAGAGAGCGGUAUCGUUUUUCCCCUUCGCCCCCUCUUGGUUGAGUUGUGUCACUGCUUCGGGAUCCUUCCCGGGCAGAUAACACCCAAUGCUCACCGGUUGCUUAACGCUUUUGCCAACAUCUGCACAUCUCUCCACAUCGACCCCUCCCUUCACCUUUUCCUUUAUAUGUUUGAGGUUCGUCCCGGCAAACCGGGUUGCGAAGGUUUUGUCUAUUUUAAGGGACGAAACAAUCGUAAGUUCAUCUCUGACCUUCCACAAAGCAACCGCUUGUGGAAGGAAAAAUUUGUCUUCAUAAAAUUUCCUCCGUCCAUCACUCUGUUGGUCGGCUUGAAGUGGAGUGACCAUCUCCUCAAGCACCAGUUCACCGAACCGCCGGCCACCCCGGAUCUGGAGGAGAGCCGGGAGCAGCUUCUCAAAGGGGACCCCAACACCGGUCAGAUGUACCACUACGGGGGUUGGGUCUGGCGCGUCCAACCGGGUGACGAGGGUUCCUCCCGGGCCCAUGAAGCAGCGGGGCGCGGGGGACCCUCCCCGGGCAACACUGCGGAGGCUGGAGGGCCAAGUCACCCAGACAUGAAUUUCAGAGCCUACAACAUGCCGAAGACAACCGGUGGAUCUUCUGCUACCGGUCCUCAUACCUCCAAAACAUUUCCGGUACAGAAGGAAACCAUAGACGUCCAUUCGGAAGAGGAAAAUCCUGAGACCUGGGGAGCUUCUCCGACCGGGAAGGAACCGGCGAAUUCUCCCCCCAAUAAAGGAAAGGGGAAGAAGAGAGUGAAGCAUACGGCCACCACUCACCCGUCGGCCAAGAAGAAAAGGGGAGAGAACACCCCGGCCGAAGAAUCACUGGAGGAGCUCUGGGUCAAAUUGACCCUCAAACUGAAAGAGAUGGGUGAAAUUAGGCCCGUUGCCUUGGAGCAACUUACUGAAGAUUCCUCCUCCCGGUUAGCCCAGCUGGAAGAAAGGCUAAGAAGAUCCGAGGCCCACAACCGGGAGCUUAAGGGGCUGACGGACCGGCAGCUGAAUGAGAUGGCUGACCUUUCAGCGAUUGCCGAGGGAGCCAAGGCAGAGACCCUCCAGCUGAAGGAGGAGAACCUGAAGCUGAUGGAGGACUUGGAAUCCAAGGAGCGGGAGUUCCCCGAUAGGGCCAAGCAAUGGAUGGAGGACAACCUGGUGGAAGCUGCCCGGGUACUCACUUCUUCUGAGGAGAGGACGGUGGAGGGCUUCAAUCUGCUAUACCGGGAGGAGCAAGGAAAAGAAAUGAUCACUCAAAUCGGCUCCUACGGUUUUAUCUCCGGCCAAAAACGGGACCGGGAGGCCACGCACGCGGCCCUUGCUGAACGUGACCCGGACUUUACUGCUGAAUCAUACGGCCUGGCUCCCAUCCCAGAAGAUGAACCUGCACCUCCCUUCCCCUUGGAGUGAAAUCUCCCCGGCUGUGCCCGGUUAUCUUUUGUAAAACUCAAAACUUUGGAAUUUCGCCCGGGUAUGCCCGGUGUACUUGUAAACG